GCGCGCGGCCCCGCGCGAGUCGGCCCUACAGUCUGCAGUCCGGCCCUCAACCCCGCCUUCUGCGUCUCGGCUGGACGCGACCACACUCUGCUCCGCCGCCGCGGGGCGCUGCGGCCACCCCGCCCCCGCUCCCGCCGCCGCCCGCCGGUCAGUCAGUCAGUCAGUCAGUCAGUCACCGAGCGCGCGGCGCGGGAGCUACCGGCACUCGCUGCGUCUCUGGCGAGGGAGCGCCGCGCCUGGGGAGGAGGCGGAGGCAGCGGCUGGAGGAGCGCGAGCGGCUGUUUCCUUGCCGCGGGCCGCGACGGUAGCGGGGGCCGCGGGAAGGCCGACCGCCUGCCGCGGCACGGGAGCACACACCUGUAAUCCCAGCACUUUGGGAGGCCGAGGUGGGCGGAUCACCUGAGGUCAGGAGUUCAAGACCAGCCUGGUCAACAUGAUGAAACCCUGUCUCUACUAAAAAUAAAAAAAUUAGAUGGAGCAGCUAUCAGAUGAAGAAAUUGAUCAUGGUGCUGAAGAAGACAGUGACAAGGAAGAUCAGGACCUGGACAAAAUGUUUGGAGCCUGGCUUGGAGAACUAGACAAACUCACUCAGAGUUUGGAUUCUGACAAGCCCAUGGAACCAGUAAAAAGAUCUCCUCUUCGCCAGGAAACAAACAUGGCCAACUUUUCUUAUCGCUUCUCCAUAUACAACUUGAAUGAAGCUCUGAAUCAGGGAGAGACUGUGGAUCUGGAUGCCUUGAUGGCUGAUCUUUGCUCUAUAGAGCAGGAGCUCAGCAGCAUUGGUUCAGGAAACAGUAAGCGUCAAAUCACAGAAACGAAAGCUACUCAGAAAUUGCCCGUUAGCCGACAUACAUCGAAACAUGGCACCUUGAAAGGAUUAUCUUCUUCAUCUAAUAGGAUAGCUAAACCUUCCCAUGCCAGCUACUCCCUGGAUGACGUCACUGCACAGUUAGAACAGGCCUCUUUGAGUAUGGAUGAGGCUGCUCAGCAAUCUGUACUAGAAGAUACUAAACCCUUAGUAACUAAUCAGCACAGAAGAACCGCGUCUGCAGGCACAGUGAGUGAUGCUGAAGUACGCUCUAUUAGUAAUUCCUCCCGUUCCAGCAUCACUUCUGCAGCCUCCAGCAUGGACUCUUUGGAUAUUGAUAAAGUAACACGCCCUCAAGAGCUGGAUUUGACACAUCAAGGGCAGCCAAUUACUGAGCAUGCUAUUUCUCUGAGAUGUUCCAGCAAGCAGACCAAGCGUCAUAUUGACUUCACAGAAGAACAGGCUGAGCUGACACCUCACUCCUAUCUGGACAGGGAAACCUCCCUUCUUCUGAGAAACAUUGCAGGAAAACCUUCUCAUUUGCUGACCAAGGAAGAACAGGCAGCAAAAUUGAAAGCUGAGAAGAUCAGGGUUGCCCUAGAGAAAAUUAAAGAGGCACAAGUGAAAAAGCUGGUGAUUAGAGUCCACAUGUCUGAUGACAGUUCUAAAACAAUGAUGGUGGAUGAGAGGCAGACAGUAAGACAAGUACUGGAUAACCUGAUGGACAAAUCCCACUGCGGUUAUAGUUUAGACUGGUCACUGGUAGAAACUGUUUCUGAAUUACAAAUGGAGAGAAUCUUUGAAGACCAUGAAAACUUGGUUGAAAAUCUUCUUAAUUGGACAAGAGAUAGCCAAAACAAGCUUAUAUUUAUGGAGCGUAUAGAAAAAUAUGCACUUUUCAAAAACCCACAGAAUUAUCUUUUGGGGAAAAAGGAAACAGCUGAGAUGGCAGAUAGAAACAAAGAAGUCCUCUUAGAGGAAUGUUUUUGUGGAAGUUCUGUAACUGUACCAGAAAUUGAAGGAGUCCUCUGGUUGAAGGAUGAUGGCAAGAAGUCCUGGAAAAAGCGUUAUUUUCUCUUGCGAGCAUCUGGUAUCUACUAUGUUCCUAAAGGAAAAGCAAAGGUCUCUCGGGAUCUGGUGUGCUUUCUCCAGCUGGAUCAUGUCAACGUUUAUUAUGGCCAGGACUAUCGGAACAAAUACAAAGCACCUACAGACUAUUGUCUGGUGCUGAAGCAUCCACAAAUCCAGAAGAAAUCUCAAUAUAUCAAAUACCUUUGUUGUGAUGAUGUGAGGACACUGCAUCAGUGGGUCAAUGGGAUCCGCAUUGCAAAGUAUGGGAAGCAGCUCUAUAUGAACUACCAAGAAGCCUUGAAGAGGACAGAGUCAGCCUAUGAUUGGACUUCCUUAUCCAGCUCCAGCAUUAAAUCAGGAUCCAGUUCUUCCAGCAUCCCAGAGUCUCAGUCAAAUCACUCCAAUCAGUCUGAUAGUGGAGUUUCUGACACCCAGCCAGCAGGACACGUCCGUUCCCAGAGCAUCGUGAGCUCCAUAUUCUCUGAAGCCUGGAAACGAGGCACUCAGUUGGAAGAGUCCAGCAAGGCCAGAAUGGAGUCUAUGAAUCGGCCCUACACUUCACUUGUGCCCCCUUUAUCCCCGCAACCUAAGAUAGUCACCCCCUACACUGCUUCACAGCCUUCACCACCUCUACCUCCUCCACCACCCCCACCUCCUCCUCCACCACCCCCACCACCCCCCCCUCCUCCCCCACUCCCCAGCCAGUCUGCACCUUCUGCAGGCUCAGCGGCCCCAAUGUUCGUCAAGUACAGCACAAUAACACGGCUACAGAAUGCAUCUCAGCAUUCAGGGGCCCUAUUUAAGCCGCCAACACCCCCAGUGAUGCAGCCACAGUCAGUGAAGCCUCAGAUCCUGGUACCCCCCAAUGGAGUUGUUCCACCACCCCCUCCCCCUCCUCCACCCCCAACCCCAGGCUCUGCCAUGGCCCAGCUAAAGCCUGCACCGUGUGCCCCAUCCCUUCCACAGUUCAGUGCCCCGCCUCCUCCACUGAAGAUCCAUCAAGUUCAACAUAUUACUCAGGUGGCUCCCCCAACACCCCCCCCACCUCCUCCUAUCCCUGCACCCCUCCCUCCCCAAGCUCCCCCAAAACCCCUUGUGACCAUCCCCCCACCAACCAGCACCAAGACUGUGGCACCUGUUGUGACUCAAGCUGUACCACCCACACCUACUCCUCCAGUGCCCCCAGCAAAAAAGCAGCCAGCUUUCCCUGCUUCUUACAUUCCACCCUCUCCCCCUACCCCUCCUGUUCCAGUACCCCCACCAACAUUACCCAAGCAACAGAGCUUCUGUGCAAAACCCCCUCCCUCUCCACUGUCACCGGUGCCCUCGGUUGUGAAGCAGAUAGCCAGCCAGUUUCCACCCCCUCCAACUCCCCCCGCCAUGGAAUCUCAGCCCUUAAAGCCUGUCCCAGCAAAUGUAGCUCCACAGUCUCCGCCUGCAGUAAAAGCAAAGCCCAAGUGGCAGCCCAGCUCCAUCCCAGUCCCUUCUCCGGACUUCCCUCCUCCCCCUCCUGAAAGCAGCCUGGUGUUUCCUCCUCCACCCCCAUCACCUGUCCCAGCCCCACCACCACCACCACCUCCACCCACAGCUUCUCCUACCCCUGACAAAAGUGGAUCUCCAGGCAAAAAGACCAGUAAGACAUCCAGCCCUGGGGGAAAGAAACCACCCCCAACCCCACAGCGCAACUCCAGCAUUAAAUCCAGCAGCGGUGCAGAACACCCCGAGCCCAAGAGACCCUCGGUGGACAGUCUAGUCAGCAAGUUUACACCGCCAGCAGAAUCAGGGUCUCCCAGCAAGGAGACCCUACCACCUCCUGCAGCACCCCCCAAGCCUGGAAAACUCAAUCUUUCUGGAGUCAACCUUCCUGGAGUUCUCCAACAAGGGUGUGUGUCAGCAAAAGCCCCUGUUCUGAGUGGGCGUGGAAAGGACUCCGUGGUGGAAUUUCCUUCUCCUCCAUCCGAUUCUGAUUUUCCACCCCCUCCACCUGAAACAGAGCUUCCUCUGCCCCCCAUUGAGAUUCCAGCAGUUUUCUCGGGAAACACCUCUCCAAAAGUGGCAGUCGUUAAUCCUCAACCACAACCAUGGUCUAAAAUGUCAGUGAAGAAGGCCCCUCCACCGACACGACCCAAACGGAAUGAUAGCACCCGCCUCACUCAAGCUGAGAUUUCUGAGCAGCCAACAAUGGCCACAGUUGUGCCACAAGUGCCCACCUCUCCCAAAUCCAGCCUUAGUGUCCAGCCUGGAUUCCUGGCUGACCUCAACAGGACACUGCAACGAAAGUCCAUCACUCGGCACGGCUCGCUCUCCUCCUCUCGCAUGUCCAGAGCAGAACCAACAGCCACCAUGGAUGAUAUGGCAUUGCCUCCGCCACCCCCUGAACUGCUGUCUGAUCAACAGAAGGCUGGUUACGGAGGCAGUCAUAUAUCAGGUUAUGCAACGUUGCGGAGAGGACCCCCUCCUGCUCCCCCCAAAAGAGACCAGAGCACCAAGCUGUCCAGAGACUGGUAGCCACCAUAGGACUUUAUUUUCAUGAUAUCUGUAAUCACUUCUACAAUCAGCUCACCUGAUCAUCUGUGAAUUCAGGUGUUCAGAGCCUCCUGGUAUGAUGUUAUUCAGGUAGUGUCCAGCUACGUGUGUAUGUGUGUGUGUACACGUGCAUGUACACAGAGCUGUACGGUGUAUGUGUGUAUAUAUGUAUACAUAUAUGUAUGUGUAUGUGUAUAUAGAGAGAGAGCUGAGAGUUAUUCUAUUUAUUCGUUUUCUCUCCUAAUCUGAAAAUGGGUGUUCUGUAUUUUGGGUGGAAGAGGCAUAGAAGGGGAUGUGUGUUGUCUCUUAAGAUUUCUAUAUCAUGUGGAUUGGACCAAAAACUUCUAAUCACUUAUUUGGAAGGUAUUUAUAAGUGUCUGUCCAUGUGUAGCCUAUUCGUGCAUGUUGUGUAUUAUAUAACUAAGGAAUAGAUGGACAAUGUGCUAUUUCUGGUUGAGAAAAGUCACCAGAAUGUUUGGUGUAUCUAUAAGGCUUUUGUGUUUGUUUUUCCCCAGUUGGCUGAAGUUAGAAUUGCUUGACUGACACUUCAUUGCUAUACAUAAAGGGGCACUUUAAAUCAGGAAAAUCUCUCAGCUUCAUAGAACGGGUAACUAGUGCAGGAUGGGGAAAUGUUCACAGACAUCAUCUGUAUGUGGUUGUGCAUAGAAAGUAAAUACAUGGCGUAAUUAACUCAGCUGUUCUAGCUGCAGUACUGCUGCAGUGAUCCACCCACAUUUAGGAUGUGCUGACAGGUAAGCUCUUUGCCUACAAUACAUGGAUAAUUAGUGCUAUAAUUCUGGAUAGUUCCCUUUUAGUACUGUUUUAUGAAGCUUUAUCAACUUGGCUUCAUGAUCCUCACUUUGAUUGAUUUUAAGAGGAUGGACAACACAGUUAUCUCCGUAAUGUUCUGUCCCAGUAUGUCUUUGGGUCACCAGUUACCUUCUUAAAAUAUAUGCUUUAGGUAGAUGUUAUUACAUAUCUGUAGACAAUUAGUAUACGAAAUAUACACAUCCUGUGCCCCAAUAUGGUGCAUCAUUACGAAAAACAAAAUCAUUUUCUAAAAUGCAUUUUUUGAGCAUUGCUUUAUAGAAGGGAAGGGUGAUGAGAGAACAAAACUGGCCCCUGUACAGGUGUCAUUAAUUUGGUUAUAUAUGGGUUAUAAUAUGUAAUACAAAAAACUCAUUAAGUAUGGGACUACAUGGAGAGGGAAGACAAUUUCAUUUAUAGCUACUGGGGCUACCAGGACCCUUGCUGACUGCAGCCUGGUUGUGAUUAGUUCAGGUUACUAGGUGUUCUGAUGGAGUGGGACAGUCCAAGUCCAGUAACUGACAUUAUGUUUGGUGCAUGUGCAGUUUGGUAUAACAUGGAGUCAGUGCUCUAAUGACACACUAUACUUCUAUAUGCUUUUUUCUGUGAAUUUUCCUUGGUACAUGAGAGAAAUAAGUACUGUCUUAUCAACUUAUGAUAAAUUGGACUAUUAGGAAUAAAACAAUCUUAGAGCAGCUCCCAAACAAGAGAAUAAAAAUGGGCCAUCCCAGCACUUAUAAGGGGGGCACAUCUUGUAAUGAAAGUCUGUGCCUAUUGUUAAUGAUUACCAAUGCAAACUGCAGAAAUCAGUUGACAUUGUCCCACAAGGAAAAAGUGAUGCCAGUAAAGUGGGGGAAGAGAUGGUAAAUAAUUCUAGAAUGAGCAAAAGUGCUUAAUUAGUACAGUAUACUCAAGUCUUGCAUAACUCACACUCCACGAAAACCGCAUCAUAAACAGAGAAUGAACAGCACCUCUCCAUUGCUACAUCUCCAGAAUAUUGUUCAGUAUGUUCAUGUGGCUAUGGAGCAAUAUGUGCCAUUAAUUUUUGGGUCUUUCAAAUUGUUUACCAAGUUUUGUGUUUGAUAUUUAUGAAGUGAUCUUUAACACAUCUGCAUUGUUAAUUUAAGCAUGCACAGAAAUUUGGGUAAUGUUUGAGUAGAUUGCCAAGCGCUGUGAUUCAUGAAUGUAUUUCUCAUAGUCUUCUGCCUGCAGUUUUAUAGUUUGAGGGGCACCCAUAUUUGUGGGUUAGAGUUAAUAAGAAUAUGAAUCCAGUUAUCAAAGUAUUCAUCCCUGAGGUUUUGAGUUUUAUUGUGGUGGUGAUUUUCUUAUGAGAAGGUAGACAACUUCAGUUUUUCUUGAGGGGGAAAAAAUGUACCCCCCAACCUUUUUUCACCCAUGAUUUGAGCCCAAAAACAACAGCCUCUGUGUUUUCAGUGCAGGAUUUCUUGGAAUUUCUUGCUUGUAUCAAUCCUGAUGAUAGCCAUCCUGAACAGAUGCUUCUGGUCUGUUUUCCUGGAAGAGCAGACAUCCUUUUGAACACUAAUGAUGCCAGGAAGAGAGUAAGGCUAGAGGAGGAGACUGUCAUUUUAACCCCAAUCCAGUGGCUUGUCUGACAACAGGCCAUUUCCCUUUACAUUCCUCCACAGACAGAAAUGGCUAUUAAAAAUGUUUUAACCUCAUGUAUGAACUGAAUUUUAAAAAACCACUAAAGUGACUUUAUACUUCUGUUUUACUCCCUAGUGGGUUUUCUUUAAUUUGGGUUUUUGUUGGGAUGUAGCUUUUCCUAGACUGUAUUUCUGUAGCUCUUUUUCUCUGGUGUAUUCAUGGAAAGCAUCUACUGCCGGAUGACACUAGUACUGUGCCUUCUUUCACUGCCCUCUGCUCUGCAGCUCUCACCCAGCUUGGCUGCUUCAAGUCUGUGCAGUUGACUUGGCUGUACUGAAAAGUGAACAGCAUGGAUUAACUCAUCCUGCUGCUGAGGGCAGUGCAAACAGGUGCUUAUUAGAGGUAGUGACUUGCUUAAUUGGUGACACUCUUAAUUUCUACUAGAGAUAAUUUCAAAAUAGAAUCACUCUAUGCUUAAAGUUUUGGCACCAAUGCUGUAGGGCAGCAGAAUCUAUUCUCAGUAAAAUAACUUAAGGUUUAUUAGAUAUUCUGUAUUGGAUUUUACCAGCUUGACUUUUACUGCUCAAAUGCUUCCCCCGCCCCGCCUUAGAUGCUGUAAUUCUCUUGGGAAGAGUAACUAUUCUUAAGGUUUUUACAGAUACCCCCUUAGUUGUAAAUUGGAUAGUUUAAAUUUCUGGGACUUUUUAAAUGAAAAAGAAUGUAGAAUGUUAAGUUACAAAAGACUUUUCAUCAGAAAAUUUCAAACGAAGUAAACAUGGCAUUUUGUAGUCCUCUGAAAUCUAGGUGCUCCCGCCCACCAAAGGCAUGUCCUGCAAAGGGCUGUGAACUAUCUUGGUGAACUGUCUUGGGUCCCCUUUCCAUGUAUGUUUUCUUGUCACUGAAAACAACGCUGAGUUUAUCAAGAAAAUUUAAAUUGGGGGAUCAUAAUAAUUCCAACCAAGCGACAACUUUGAUGUCAAGGUUAUUAGGAGCUGUACAUCCAAUUCAAGUUUUAUUUGCUGCUAUUCUGGGAGAAUAAACUUGUAUAUGGAGAAUAAACUAAUAAACUUGUAUCAAGGAAAUCCAUAAAGUUAUAAAUUAGCCUGAAAAAUAUUUCAGGUAAUGGUGUGGAUUGGUCUGCUUUGACUAUCAGCCACCAACAGAAAUCUGUCACCUUUGUUCCUCAGCUAAAAGUAAUUUUGUUAUAAACACAAAGUGGUUUCAAACAGGUAAAAAACCCAUUCCUAUUUUUGUACGUUACCAAAAGUUUUUCGUAUACCUACAGAGCUAACUAAUUAUAACUGAUUUAAUCCCACUCCAGUUUAGACCAAUUAAACCCAUAUGAUCCUGUAUGGUUAUCAAUGUGAUGCCUUGCUUUUCAUAAAAUAGGUAUAAUUGUGUCACACGCUUGAUGAGAGGGUGACUGUGUCUGGGGGAAGAAAACCCUUUAGAUUGCAGGUACCUUUCACUUUGAUUUUUUUUUUUUAAUAUACACUUUACAUUUGUAUAAAUUAUGCAGGGUACUCCUAACCCUGUAGAAAUAUAUGACCUCUCACAAAGUUGAGAUUUGAUCCAAAGAGAAAUGCAAGUAUAAAAGAAUUAGAUACCUAUUAUCUUUUAAGGUUUUUUUUUUUUUUUGGUAGAGAUGGGGGUCUCACUGUGUUGCCCAGGGUGGUCUCAAACUCCUGGCCACAAGUGAUCUUCCUGCCUCAGCCUCCCAAAAUGCCGGGAUUACAGGCAUGAGCCACUGUACCCAGCCUUUCCUUUUAAAAUUCAAAGAGAAAAUUUCUACACCUUUAUCCCUCAAAUACCUUUAUCCCUCAAACACCUUUAUCCCUCAAAUAAAACAAGUGCUCAGUUCUUACCAUGCCCUUGCAAGGUCGAUAUGUAAAAGAAAUCUGAAAUUUAGCUGUAGAAUGAAACUUGAUAAAUAAAAAGAAAAAACAUACAUUUCUCCAGUUGGUUUGCUCUUUGCUUGUUGAAGUAAUAAACCGUUUUAAAGAGAAAAUACUUGCUGUAAACCCCCAGUGCCUUCAACUCUUUUGGCAGAAUAUUUUUAAAGAAAUCCAGCAAGCAAACUUUGAGGUGCUAAUGAAAGUAAAGGAAGGUGGUAUGUCUAGUUUUGGCAGAAAUGAAAAGUGUCUCACGAGAGACAUCACUACCCACAUGGGGUCUGGCUGCUUUCUACCAAAGACAUUUAGAGAAGUGAAUUGAGUCAGGGUGAUGGUGAACACUACAUAUUUUAUAGAUGGUUAAGUUGAGAAGUAAUUAUGUUUAUCAUGGAUGGCUACUAAUACCAAGCUCAUGAUUGUUAAAGCCUCAACGUCUUAGGCAGUAAAACUUGUCUGCAGCACCAAAGGGGGAGAAACCCUUAUAUUUUGCAAACUGUCCAUUCAUUAAAUUUAUUGUAACCUAAUACCAAAAACUGCCAUUUUUCAUAUUUCCCCACCUCCUACUUUUUUUUUUUUUUUUUUUUUUGCUACUUGUAAAAUAACCCCUUCUAGAAAAUAAGCAUUAACUGGAAUGUUUCAAAUAAUUUUGCUUCAUUUUACUAUCAGCCACUAGUGAACUCUUACAGAGAUGUACAUUUAAGAUAAAAUUAGCUUGUGCUAAGUGUUGUAAAAACAUUGUUUACUGUUAAAGGAGAAUUGCACAUUAUAUUUAACUGGGAUUGCUCCCUCCCUCAGUUCUUUAAAAAAAGAGUCAAGGCUCACACCAACUUGUAGGCUGUGGGAGCUUUGCCAUAAGUAGAUACAAUGUAGAAAUAUACUUUUUUAAAGCAUGAAAAAGACAAGGAACUUCAUUAUAAUGUACCAGGUAGAGGACAUUAUUAUUCAAAGGAUUGUGCACAGCUCAGUGAAGAUGAAGUUACAAUUUUUCUUGCAGCUUUGUUGCUAUUAUUUUCUUCUGCAUAAAUGUAUGCUCAUUUCAUUAUGUGCCUUGCUCCCUGAUUGUGCAAAGCUAUAUAUAGAUAUAUAUAGAUAUAUAUAUGAGAGAGAUAUAUUCAGUACUACUGAGGAUGUUUUUGUUCUGCUGGAUUAAGUUAUUUUCCAAGUUACUCUUGCCAGUUAUGUCAGUAAACUAUUGUAAUGGCUUAGCACACUAGUCAUACAGUCAGUGUAAAUGUUUUUCAGUUACAUGUUUUCAUUAUGUCAGCUUAUCAAAUCCUUAAUAAAAAAAUUCAUAGAUUUCAUUUAAA